GCCAUUCUAGCUCAGAGCUCCAGCUGCUUGUCUUUAUUUCCCCAGUGUGAUUUUUAAUACAUUGAAGGGAUCCCUUCAGGCAAGGCCCGGGAACCAUCUGGGAUGCUGGGAUUGCACCUAGGUUGGCGUGUGCAAAAUGGUACGAGAACAGUACAUUACAGCCACAGAAGGUACCCACGUAGAGAGACCAGAGAACCAGUAUGUGUACAAGAUUGGCAUUUAUGGCUGGAGGAAACGUUGCCUCUACCUGUUCGUCCUUCUCCUACUCAUCAUCCUCCUUGUGAAUUUUGCUCUUACAAUUUGGAUACUUAAAGUGAUGUGGUUUUCCCCGACUGGAAUGGGCCACUUACGUGUUACAAAAGAUGGACUUCGCUUGGAAGGUGAAUCCGAAUUUUUAUUCCCACUAUAUGCCAAAGAAAUACACUCCAGAAUGGACACAUCACUCCUUCUGCAGUCCACUCAGAAUGUGACGGUCAACGCACGGAACUCUGAAGGAGAGGUCACAGGCAGACUGAAAGUGGGUCCUAAAAUGGUAGAAGUCCAGAGUCAACAAUUUCAGAUUAACUCCAAAGAUGGCAAGGCCCUGUUUACUGUUGAUGAAAAGGAAGUGGUAGUUGGUACUGAUAAACUUCGAGUAACUGGGCCUGAGGGAGCUCUUUUUGAACAUUCAGUGGAGACACCUCUAAUCAGAGCAGACCCAUUUCAGGAUCUGAGAUUGGAAUCCCCCACACGGAGUCUAAGCAUGGAUGCCCCAAAGGGUGUUCAUAUAAAAGCUCAUGCUGGGAAAAUUGAGGCCCUUUCUCAAAUGGAUAUUAUAUUUCACAGUAGCGAUGGAAUGCAGCUUGUGCUUGAUGCUGAAACUGUGUGUUUGCCCAAGUUGGUACAGGGGACUCACGGGCCUGCUAGCAGUGCACAAAGACUCUACGAGAUCUGUGUGUGCCCAGAUGGGAAGCUUUAUCUCUCUGUGGCGGGCAUGGGUACCACAUGCCAAGAAAACAGUCAUGUCUGUCUCUAAACCCUCUGCAUCUUCCACGGAGCACCUGCCUUGUUCUAGUGCGGCUUCAGUCCUUCACGCUUAGGACAGGAACUUAACAUCCUGAAAUGCUCAGACAACAAUUGGGAACAGAAAGACAUACUAUCAAAACAACUCAGACAAGAAAACACAAGAAUUGGAAUAUUUGGACAAAGCUACAUUUUACAGUGCCACAUGGACAGAAGACACAAACUUCAAAGUCUAUCAAAAAGAUGUGUUUGUUCCUCUGGACUUUCAUCAGACCCACUGUGACUUGCCUUUGCCUCCCUCUUCAUCUCUUGCACAUGUCAACGUACAGUUAAAUAUUGAAUGGUUAUGUGCAAUGAAUUGAUGGUGUUCAGCUGAGGAUCUCUAACACUCCAUAAAUACCAUUGGUAAACCCUAAAAUGCCCCAAGGAGCUAUAAGGUGUUACCCUACUCUAACUCAACCCUGUAAAUUUUAAUGCAAAGUGUUGUCAGCCUUCCUGAGAAAAUCUUGUUUCUGAAGGUGCUUUGAUCUGAUUUUCAAUAUGUAGUCAAAGGAAUAAAUUAUUUAAAAUCAGUCAUUCCAUAUAGACAAGAGCAAUAAAAAUCAACCUACAGUUUUCAAAAUCUUCACACUUUGGGUACCUUUAUUUUCUUUAAUGCCCUCUCAAAAAUUCUGAGAUUGCUAUUGAUAGCCUGAGACCCCCAAGUCCCUACUGUAGAAACUGAAAUUAACAAAAAAAAAAUGAUAGUAGUUUCCACUCAAAUAUUUUGAUAUGUUGUCUCAUUCCCUCUGAAACACACAUCUAUAUGGGAUCAUAUUCAUUUGACAAGCAAAGAAGCUGAAGUCCAAAGGAGUUUUGUCAUCCACGAAAAAAGAUCAAACAGUGGAUAGGUUGUAAUAUAAAUUGUAUUGAGUAUGUAUUUACCUUGACACAGAGAUGACAAUUUAGCCUGUCACUUCAAAAAACAGAUUUCCACAAUUUCUGAAAUUGCCUACUAUGUUGCUGUGUAAAUCAACUGGGACAUACAGAAUCUAUAAAAACAAGUUUGUUUUGUGUAAAUUCUUCAGUAUUUAACACCUUCACACCAUACACACACAUGCAGAUCAGUUUUGAUUUUGUUUCCACUAAUUGUCUUAAUAGGUGUAGGAUAACGGUUGGUUUGCCCUUCCUCCCUGGCUGCUGGAAGUUUGUGUUUGUUGAUUACCCCCCCCAGCCUGUCAAUCACCUUUGCUCCUGAUCAGACUCUGACUCAUAAAUAUUGUCUUUCUCUUCUCCUUAAUGUCCUCUGUAUGGUUAUUAUUUCAAAGUAGUUGCUUUUUGUAUGGAUACAGGAAGACUGUUAAAAAGACAAGCCUGUGACUUGGGAGCUGAUUGACUCAAGAUAAUUUACCUCCUGGACAUCUGCUUUCUUGAUGUAAGCCUUAGUUGCCCUUACUUCCUAGAUCCCCAAAAACAGGGUCCCGACAAGGGACUGGAUGGACCCAGGGCAAGCGGUGUGCUAUGACCUACCCUGGCAUCAAAAUGGGCCUGGCCAAAGUGCCCUAAUGCUUAACUAUAAGUUAAGAGCUUGGUUGGUCAUGGACAAAUUCUGUCAUGAUCCAAAAGUAAUAACUAGAUUUGGAUCCUGCUGGAGUUAGGAAUGAUUGAUCCAGCCUAAGCACUGCAGUCUGAGUCUGUGGUGAGAUGUCCCCUAGAAGCCUAAUGUGUCUAUUACUGUGUCCAUACAGAAUGGUAAAUAUUAGAAAGGAGAAUUAAAGAUGCUAAUUAGUUGCAGGUCUAAGGAACUUAAGGUCUAAGGAGAGGAGAAACACACUAAAGGCUGUUUUGCCCUCAUGGGCUGCAGGUGGUCGAGAAGUCUGGAAAAACAUUUUUGAUUACACUUCUCGUGGGGAGGUGUGGCUGGGGAGGCAUGGGGAGAGGAUAUAAAAGAGUGGCUGCAGGGAGAAAGGGGGAUUGUUAGAAGAAAUGGAUUGUUGAGAGAGGGGAAUUGUAGAGAGAAUGGGGAUUGUAGAGAGAAAUGGAUUGUGGAUGGUUGGAUGGAUUGAUGGAUGGAUUGAUUGAAGCAGACAGAGAAAGAGAGAGACAGAUACAGUGCGAAGAAAGAAUUGCACAGUCAGAGAGAUUGACAGAGAGAGAGAAAGAGGGUUGGAGAGAGCUGGGAGAGAUGAAAGAUUGAAUAAAUGGCAACUAAUCAGCAACAAGCUUGGCCCUGGUUCUUUCUUCAUCCGUCCAAGGCAACAGCCGUCCCUGGUGGAGAGGCGGCUUGAGAGCACCAAUGCGAGCAGGGAGAGAGAGCAACCCGGAGAGCCCGAAAACAUCCUUUCCCAUGUCAUCCCCAUGAUCAUGAGGGGCUUAUACCGCCCUCGGUGGGGAAUUUCACAGCCCUCAAAAUUGGCAUGUUUUUACAAAUAAGAAUCCCCAAACAGCUCAAGAUGUAGUAGCACCAACAGCAUUGGAAUUUUCUAAUUAUCGGAUUCGCAACUAUAAACACAAGUUCAUUUUUACCAAGUCUUAAAAUUAAGAGUGAACUCUUUCUAAUGCUGCUUUAACUGCUGUUAAUUAAAAAGUGUAAACUGUUUAUAACUGUAGCACUGUCCUCCCAUUGCUCAUCGAUUUCCUCGAGUGGGCACCAGUAAUGUCUCCAUUGUGAGUCUUGUUG